AUGAAUCAGGUGCUACCGAAGGUCAUAGCUAAACAAUUUGUCCGGCAAUAUCCCAUGAUCUUCGGAUCAUUGCGCACCAGGUUUGACCAGGAUCGGACUCUGUUCCCUCGCGUCGGUCGGUCCGUGAUGAAGGUCAUCAGUAGCUCGAACAAUGAGGGGUUUCGACAGGAAGCCCUGCAACUCAUACGGGAAAUCGAGAAACAGAACAAAAAAGCUGGAACUCAGCUUUCUACCGCAAUCACAGAAUAUGCAUACCAAUGUUCAUGUGCCGUGGACGAGGUUGAAAUGCCUCCAUCGGUGCUAUUCCGCAAGUCGGUGCGACCAAAGAGCUUCAAGGGCACCCCGAUUGGCAUGCACGAAGCCCAUACGGACGUGCUUGGAGAAUUGCCUUGUCAUACAGCGGAUAGCUAUGGGGCGCAUGACACUUUACUAGAGGACAGUCAAUCUCAGCAACAUGAUGACGUGCUGGACUGGCGAUCGUCAUCUGAUGGUGCUUCAGACUCUGGGGGCAACAUAUCUAUGGCUGGCUAUCGACUUACAGAUCUUCUUGGCAAGGAUGGAGGAGCCGAUGGGUGCGCUCAUGGCCUGCACGACACAAACACCGUGCAAGCGUGGUUCGAAGAACAAUUCUGGCUCGAAGGCGACAACUCGUGCGACGUUCUGGAUCUUGGGGAAAUCCGUCCCAAUGCGCCCUCUGCGAUUGGCUCGUAUUUCGACGACAUGAUGAUUUUUAGCGACGACGAGCACUCUGACCUUGGUAUCGAGGACUUCUCUGAACCGGACCACGGGCAACGUAGCUAUGACCGUUCGGUGCAUUUCGCCUCUCCGUUGUUACCGCUACCACCCAGACAGGAGCUGAUACAAAACCAUGACACGGUCGCUGUCCCUGCUACAAACCGACAGGAUGUCGGGAACUACAAUGCAACGCAAGACGGUGACCUGUUCGAGCUUUUCGAAGACCACGCCAUGAGUGAAACCGGUAUCGUCAAAACGCCAUUCAUACGCCAACCCUUGGCCUUCGAUAUGCAUUGGGUUUUUGGCGACGAAAGCGGCGAUUCCCAGGAUAACGUGUUCGGGAUGGCAUUUAAGACUUUCCAGUCGUACGGGGGCGCCGACACCAACUUGGGCGUGUUCGUCGAGGAUGCCGAUCCUGGGGGGACUCAGCCGGAUGACCCGAAGGAUAUUGAGACCGAGCACGGGGAAAGGAAGCCGUGCGACCGGAGCGAUGACGUCUUUGAUCUACAAGACCACGAUAUCCUAAACUUCGACGACAAUGCAGACGAGAUGGAUUUCCUGCAGGAGGGAUAUGACUAG